AUGACAGCUCGCAGCUAUAGUCCGCACGGUAUACUUGAUCCGAACCCUGAUUAUCAAAUUUGUUUUGGGCUCUACCAUGCCACUACUGCAGCUAAAUUUUUUGCAUCUUACUUUUUUGUUCUUUGUCUGCUGAUAUCCGGCAUUAACUUUCUGGCCUUUGGUUUCAAGCAUAUCGGGAUAAGCAUAUUCUGUAUAGUUUUUACUGUAUAUUCUCUUGUUGUCAUUUAUGGCGUUUUUUUGGAGAAAAAAGUUUUCUUGUUGCCGUUUUUAAUAAUCCAGGGCUUUCUCGCUACAGCUCUUUUCAUUAUCACUACUUGCUUUGCUCUAUUUGGCGCAUUCACCAAUGUAAUUUAUAAUCAUCAUCGAGAUAGUAAACCACUACGCUCCCUAUAUGGCAUGCACAAUUUGGAUCCCGACAAUGAGACAACUCAAGCUAUGGUCUCGUCAACAGUUCUUUUCUUUCUUGUUUUUCAAGUUGUUCUCUUCUCAUACUCGUGGUGGGUAAUGCUGAAGACAUAUAAAUGUUAUAAAGAGAACGAUCGAACGAUAUGUCCGGGAUAUCAAAAAGGAAUCGUCGCAUCAACAAGCCAUGAAGAUAUUUAA